UCUCUCUCUCUCUCUCUCUCUCUAUUUAUAUAUAUACCAGAGCUAGACUUUGACCUUUGAUCUGAUUCGCACUAUUUUGGUUUCUUUCCUUCUCGUAAUUUCAGAAUUGGAUCUCUUCCGCUCUUCGUUUAAACUUAAUUUCCAACCCAACCGCUACCUCAUGUAAUUUAAUUUUCUCCGGCCAUUAAUGCACCCUGAUCAGGAUUUAUCUCUCUCUCUCUCACACAGCUGUCUUAAAACCAUAACAGCGAAUUCGGAGUUCCGAAAUGGCCGGACGACCACAACAUCCGGUGCUGCUCCAGAAACCGCCAGGAUACCGGGACCCGAGUCACCCAGUUCAACCAGGAAUGAGACCGCCGCCACGCAUGCCCGUCCUCCCGCCUAGUUUCAAGCCGCGGAGGAGGCGCAGGAGCUGUUGUCGUGUUAAUCGUUUAAUCUGCUGCUUCCUCGUUCUUCUCCUCCUCCUCGUCGCGCUCGGCCUCACCGUCUUCUACCUCUGGUUUCAGCCCAGCCUCCCAGUUUUCCACCUGCAGUCUUUCCAGAUCCCACUGCUCGACGUUAAAGCCAAAACCGACGGCACGUACCUCGACGCGCAAACGGUCUCGACUUUCGUGGUGAAUAACCCCAACCGGAAGCUCUCGCUGUUCUAUAAGCAGAGCAACGUCGCGGUGACAUUUGGGGAGGACGAAACGAAGGUUGGGUCGGAGGAGUUGCCGAAGUUCACUCAGAAGAAGAGCAGCACGACGAGCUUGAAGGUGGAGACCGGGGUAACGAACCAGCGGGUGGAUGGUGAGGAAGGAAAUAGGCUAAAGGCUGGGUUCCAGAGCAAGGAAUUGAUGGUGAAGAUGGAGAUACGGAUUGCGGUGGGAUUUCUACUGGAUGCGCUGCGGAUAGGGCCCUUGGAGAUGAAGGUUUUGUGCGAUGGUGUGAGCUUGAUGGCGCUUGAGGCUGGUGCCACUCACAAAUGUACCCUUGACACUCUCAAAUGGAUAAACGUACAUUGAUAGGGUUGUCGUGUUUGAAGAUUCUUGAUGGUAGAAGAUCAUGAUGCAAUAUGUCAUUUUUGACAAGCCAUAUCAAUUUUCUCGUAAACAACCUACAUAAAGGGUUGAAGCAAGUUUGAUCAUUGUUUUCUUUUUCUUUUUCAAUAUUCUAUAUUCUAAAAAGUAUAAUCUAAUACGAUAUUAUUUACUUGGGAAAAAGAAAAAAGUGAUUGGAUCCUCGUGAUCAAUGCAUGUCCAUGCAUGCCUGCCCAAGCUUUGGAUCCUCGUGAAUGUAUUUUGGGAUGCUCAUGAUAUUAGAUUCAUUUAUAGUUUGCUCUUCA